AUGGAAUGGAGCGCGAGAGAUCAAGUCUUCGGGUCGGCUUUCAAGAUAUCGCAAAGUCGCGAUGCCGAGAGUCUAAAGCAACAGUUCGGGUUCGAGACGGCACGUCUGAGCGUUCGACGUCAUCGGCCAGCGGAUAUGUCUGCUUUGGAAACUGGACACAACAGGCGCAAAAAGCCACUGAGCAAAAAACGACAGCCAAAACGACGAGAACCAAAACGAUACGACAAUGGAAGAGACGAAGUUGAAUGCCCCUUCUUCUCCGAUCCGCUAAAGGGUGUCGGACUUGACAUGUGGAGCUCCUUCUCCUUUUUGUGUGGUGGAUGGCCUCCUUCCUUCCCUGAAGUCGAAGAUAGGGGCCUAGUCGGUCGCUCUUGCAUUUUGGUGCCAAUGUCACAAGGAAAUGAGUUGCAGCGACACACUAAACGCGACCCAAUAGCGGAGACUGCAAAUGGUAAUUAA